AUGGCCGCACAGCGCUUCCUCGAUGCCCAUCCAAACGCAAAUCUUGUCAUCCUCGAGAAAUAUGGCGACAUCAUGGGCUUUUCCGAUUGUCGUAGAAUGCAUGAUGGAUUCUGGACGCAGUGUACACACGGUCUAUCGGAGUUCUCAGACCUACCCAUGACGCGUCCGCACAAAGCCGAUGCUGUCACGGUUUUUUACCGUGCAAAAUACACAACUGGCUAUCGGGAAGAGUAUUGCACUUGGCAGGAUGAGCGCGGACGGUGUCUGUGCGACUGCAUGGUCUUUAACGCCAACCUUGAUUCUGUCAGGAAAGUCAACAAUGCGUGGAACGUCCGCGUCGAAGCUGCAGUUUUCGCGACAACAAAAUUGAUGGUUGCUAAUGGGCUACUACCAGGUAAAGAAAUCUUUGGUGGGGCGAUAGUACACACGGAAGGUUUUGGAGACAGCAAGAUGAUGGAGAACUCUGAGAUCAAGAGACUAGUAGUGAUUUUGGCUGGGAAAUCUGCCGCUAAUGUUGUUUAUAUGGGUGCCAAGAGCGGAAAAGUAGUGCACUGGGUCAAUAGAGCAAACGGUAGGGAACAUGCUUUCUUCGCUUCAGGCAGAGGCAAAGGGCCAUCCGAGAAUGCAGCACACACGCGUAUUGUGGCCUCGAUCGGGCAAUCAAUAUUCGAUAGCGAAAAUGGAUGGACGAAUUUCCUGCAACAAAGCUGGGUAGGCCGAUGGCUCGUAAGGAAACUUCCCUCAAACCAAGACCGAAAUGUCCGAGAAGAAGCCAACUACCAUGGACUAAACACCGCCAAAGAGCUUUGA